AGAGCAGCCGGAGGAGAAGGCACAGGCCGGGAAGAGGAGCGCGGUCUGUGCGCGGAGCUGCGCUCAGUUGCGAGGAAGCCGCCCGCUGGGCUGCGCGUCCCCGGCGGUGCCGCAGUGCUGGCGCCCCGGCGCCGCUCGCUGAGGCCUGCAGCGCCACCUGGCCAGAGGAUGGACGCGUUCGUGCGUGUGGUCCUCCUCAGCAUCCUGGCUGUGAACAGCGUUUCUGGGGGCGACGUGUGUGUGGCGGGCCACGACAGCGGGCCGGUGUUUGAAGAGCAGCCCAGCAGUGUCAUCUACCCCGACGGCUUCACCGAGGGCAAGGUGGUGCUGAGCUGCCGGGCCAGAGCCAACCCUGCCGCCUCCUACAGGUGGAUCGUCAAUGGCACCGAGGUUCCGCUGGGUCUGGACUCGCGUUACGUUCCAGUGGCUGGCAACCUGGUGAUCAGCCGGCCUGAGUACCAGAGGGACGUGGGCUCCUACCAGUGUCUGGCCAUCAACCGCUGCGGCACCAUCAUCAGCCGCGCCGCUCACCUGAAGUUCGGCUGUGAGUCAAGGGCCUCGGCCGCCCCUGCGCCCCCUGUCUUCACAUGCUGUCACGCCCUCUCUCUUGCGCCCCCUCCCGCAGACCUGGACGACUUCCCCCCGGACAGCAGAAGUCCUCAGACGGCCUACCAGGGCCUGGGCACCUUCCUGGCCUGCCAGCCGCCGCCACAUUACCCAGCUCUGACCUACCGAUGGAUCAUCAACGAGUUUCCCAACUUCAUCAAGGCCGACAGUGGAAGGUGGUUCGUGUCCCAGGUCACCGGGAAUCUGUACCUGGCCAAAGCCGAGCCGACGGACAGUGGAAAUUACUUCUGCUUCCCGACCAUCAACAUGGACAUCACCACCAAGAGCAUCUUCAGCCGCCCCACGCAGCUCACCGUGCUGCCUGACGCCAAUCUAAAGAAGUCGCCCCCCAGCAUCAAAGUUCGAUUCCCAGCGGAGACCUACGCUCUGGCAGGACACUCUGCCCAGCUGGAGUGUUUUGCUUAUGGAAACCCAGUCCCCCGGCUGCAGUGGAGGAAGGUGGACGGGCUGAUCCCGUCCAAGGCUGGCGCCAGCGUCAACGCCCCCAUCCUCUUGCUGCCGGAUCUCACCUUGGAUGACGAGGGGCUCUAUGAGUGUGAAGCCUCCAACUCGGAGGGCAGCGACGUGUAUCGAGGCCGGAUCACCGUUCAAGCUCAACCGGAGUGGCUGGAGGUGAUGGUGGAUUCCGAGGUGGAAAUCAGCUCCAUGCUGCACUGGAGCUGCCUGGCCGCCGGGAAGCCCAGACCCUCCGUGCAUUGGCUGCGUAACGGCCAGCCGCUGGUGUCGCAGGAGCGAGUGGAGGUGAGCGCCGGCAGCCUGCGCGUCAGUCACCUGGCGCUGGAGGACUCUGGCAUGUACCAAUGUGUGGCAGAGAACAAGCACGGCACCAUCUACUCCUCGGCUGAGCUGCGAGUCCAAGUUCAGGCCCCGGAGUUCAGCAGCAACCCGGUUCGGAAGCUGAUCCCUGCAGCCAGAGGAGGCCAGGUGAGGAUCGAGUGUCGCCCUCGUGCAGCGCCCAAGCCCAGCUUGUUCUGGAGCCGUGGAACUGAGCUCCUCACCAACAGCAGCAGAGUCACAGUCACUCCUGCUGGUGUCUUGUGGAUCCAUAACAUCAGCCGAGCAGAUGAGGGCAAGUACACCUGCUUUGCUGAGAACUACCUGGGCAAAGCGAACAGCACCGGCCACCUGUCGGUCCGAGAUGCCACCAAGAUCACGCUGGCUCCUGCCAAUGCUGACAUCAACCAGGGAGAGAACAUCACGCUGCAGUGCCACGCCUCCCACGACCCCACCAUGGAUCUGACCUUCACCUGGGCGCUCAACGGCGUUCUCCUGGACCUGGAAGACUCCGCCGGACCCUACCACCGGGUGGAGGGGAGGGAAACCAUCGGUGACCUGCUCCUGGUGGACGCCCAGCUGAACCAGGCCGGCGUGUACUCCUGCACCGUGCAGACGGUGGUGGACAGCGCCUCGGCUUCUGCCAAGCUGGUGGUCCGAGGACCCCCGGGACCACCUGGAGGUCUGCUGGUGAGGAGCAUCGCAGAGUCUUCGGUGGAGCUCUGCUGGAGUCGUGGCUAUGACAACCACAGUCCGAUCGGCAAAUACGAGAUCUUUGGACGCUCCUCGCUGUCGGCUCAGUGGAAGCAAAUGAGAACAGAGCCCCACAACAUCGAGGGGAACGCAGAGGCGGCUCGCGUGGUGGGACUGGUGCCCUGGAUGGACUACCAGUUCCAAGUGGUUGCCAGCAACAUCCUGGGCAGUGGAGAGCUCAGCAUGCCGUCUCCAACCAUCCGCACCCACCAGUCAGCUCCAGCCGUGGCCCCCAGUGGACUUGGUGGUGGAGGAGGAGACCGCAGCGAGCUCAUCGUCACCUGGACUCCCAUGGCCCGAGAGUACCAGAACGGCGACGGCUUUGGCUACGUCCUGGAGUUUAGGAGGAAGCAGGAAUCAUCGUGGAGCGCAGUGCGAAUCCCACACGUGGAGUCCUGCCGUUUUGUCUACCACAACGCCACCCUGACACCAUACACUCCUUUCGAGGUGAAAAUCAAGGCUUACAACCAGCGAGGCGAAGGGCCGUUCAGCCAGGUUGCCGUGGUCCACUCAGCAGAGGAGGAGCCCACGGCGGGGCCGGUCUCCGUCAACGCCACGGCCCUGUCAGCCUUCGAGAUCCAAGUGUCCUGGGACUCGGUGCAGGACGCGGGUGCCAGCGGCGUUCUGAGGGGGUACGAGAUCCGCUACUGGCGGCAGCACGAGCGCGAGGCGGCGGCUGACCGGGUGCGGACAGCCGGCGUGGAACCCUCCGCCAGAGUGUCGGGGCUGCGACCCAGCACCAGAUACCACGUGGCCGUCCUGGCUUACAACAGCGCCGGCACCGGACCCAUGUCUCCUCGCACCACUGUGACCACCAGGAAGCCACCUCCAAACCGGGCCCCGGGGAACCUGUCGUGGAUGCCUGUGGGCUCCUGGGUCAGCGUGAGGUGGGACCCGGUGCAGGCCCAGCAGAACGAGUCGGCAGUCCUCGGCUACAAAGUGCUGUGGAAGCACGAGGGCCAGACGGCGCUGAAGAUCCUGGACAAGUGGAAGACGUCCGUCAAGCUGCCGCUGCCCAGAGACAAGGACUAUGUCAUGCUGGAGGUCCGGUCCUGGGGCGAGGGCGGGGACGGACCGGCUCAGGAGCUGCUGGUGUCCGGCGACACAGGGACCAGCAUGAUGCUUCAGAACCAGGCCUCCUCCUCCUCCUCGCCGCCGCCGCUGCUGUGGGGGCUGCUGCCGCCGGCGUGGCUCCUGCAGAGGCUCAGCUCGGAGCUCCACCUGUAGCAACGCUGGACCGGCUCAUUCUUCAGUUGUUUUGACUUGUGAAGGACUCUCACUGUUUACCAGAGGAAGAGCUCUCCUGUUGUCCAUCUCCUGCACAGUUUCUUUGUUUUACAAUAAAGACACCGAGCUCCUCCUGCAGCACGUCUCCAGGACCGUGCCACCACAACAGGGCUGCAGAGGAUCACACUGGUGGAGUGUCCCAGAUGAGGCUCUAGAGGUGGACCUUGGCUCAUGAUGAGGUGCUGAGGCCUGGAGACUGCAGGGGCCACGCGUGGGCCGAAACAACCUUGAGGAUAAACAGGCGGUCUGAUGCCCCGCGGCUCCUCACAGGCCUCGCUAGCCUCAUUUCCAGCGUGGCUAGCGAUGCUACAUGCUAACAGAGUGGGGAGGCGUGUGGUGAACGAUCCGGUCUGUCAGCGACCCGAGUGGUGGAGGAGGCCCUGGCUGCUCUUUCCUCAUCUCCGUCCACCAGCAGGAGGCUGCGCCCGGGUCUGGCUCCGCCUGACCGAGCCACCGACCCCACGCUGCUGACCAGAUCCUGCCUGUGUCUGACCAGGAGACCUCAGAGUGGACAGGUCCGCUUCUCCAAGAGACCAUGCUGGAUCCGGGCCUCGGUUCCCAUGGAGCGUGUUUCGUAUUCAUAUUGUUCAUGUUGUUGUUUUGGUGUGUAGUGUCAUGACGACACGCGGUGAGUUCGGACCAAGACACUGGUGAAACUAGUUGAGACUAUGAUGAACCAGCAGAGUCAGCGUUGCUGCGCGCUUCACCUGACCCUGGGUGGCAGCAGCUCGCCGCCCCAGUGGUGGCAGGGGAGCCGGUUUCUGGGCUUCAGUGAGGAGACUGACAAACAGCAGGAGACCAGGUGUUCAGCAGUGGGUUUAUUGUGACCAGCGGCCUCAGGGCCAGGUGCAGCACUUGCAGGCCUCGCCGAACACGGUGCCGUUGCCGCACCUCUUCUCGUAGGUCUUCCCGUUCACGCACUCGUAGAAGGCGGCGGGGUCCUCUGGGUGCGGGUACAGGCCGUUGGCUUUGUCGGCGCAGAAGCCCUGGCCGGGCACGGGGCGCGUGGUGGUGGUGCUGGGCCGGUGGGUGGUGGUGGUGCCCGGCCCUCCGGUGGUGACGCUGGGUUUGGUGGUGGUGGUGACGGGCAGCGGAGGCAGGUCUAGCAGAGGGCGAGGGCUCAGACGGGCUGGGACGCUCCCGGGCGGCUCGGCCUACCUGACUGGACCAGCUUCUUCAGGUGAGCCAGCAGGGGGUGCUUUCCCUCCCCACAGAAGUCGCCGUUGAAGUCGUCCAGGUCCAAGGCCCACACGAACACGCCGCCGAACUUCAUGUCCUUCACGUAGCGGACCUGUGCGAGGCAGAGCCAAACUGAGAGGCCGGCGUUCUCACCGGCGUCCGCCCCGCGCGCCGCUCACCUUCACGUCGUAGCUCUGCCGGUUGUCGUAUCCCACCCACUCGCUGUUCUUGCUGGCGUACGGCACCUGCUGGUCGUCGAUCCACUGCACGGACGCUCCCUUCAGGAAGGUGCAGAUCUGCCGGCACGGGACGCGUCAG